AACAAAAAAAAACGUCAAAAUUCAGAAAAAAGAGCCAACCAAAAGCCAAAAAGAAAACAAUAGUGAUUGAAGUCAGAGUUUCAAUUACUGUUGUGUAGUUUUGUUUUGGGUUCAUAUCAUUACAAAUAUUAUUAUAGUUUUAGAUUAGUUGAUUUCACAGCAAACAAUUUAUAAUGUCACAGAAUUCUGAAAAACCGUCGAGCCAGGAUGUCGCAGAUCCAACUGGGCCAGCGGGCAGGAAAGGCGUUCUUAUAUCAUUCAGAACAGGAAAGACUAUGGAAAUACCGGAGAAAGAUAUCCUUGGCCGUUGUCGAUUUGUAGGAGAAUUUGAAAAAUUGAACCGCAUCGGUGAAGGCACAUAUGGCAUAGUAUACAGGGCUAAGGACAAACUGAGUAACAACAUUGUUGCUCUUAAAAAAGUGAGAAUGGAUGUAGAAAAAGAUGGGUUGCCAUUGAGCGGGCUUCGGGAGAUCCAAGUGUUGAUGUCUUGCAUGCAUGAGAAUAUUGUGCAGCUGAAAGAAGUUCUUGUUGGCCGGUCUCUUGAAAGUAUUUUCCUGUCCAUGGAGUAUUGUGAGCAGGACUUGGCAUCAUUGCUUGACAACAUGUCAUCUCCUUUCACUGAAUCGCAAGUAAAGUGUCUAAUGCUGCAAGUGUUGAAGGGACUGAAAUAUUUACACUCGAAUUUUAUUGUACAUAGAGACUUGAAAGUGUCCAAUUUAUUACUCACAGACAAGGGAUGUGUUAAAAUAGCUGAUUUCGGCCUAGCACGUUGGCUGGGCGCCCCAGCCCGCUGCGCGACUCCCCGCGUGGUGACCCUGUGGUACCGCGCGCCCGAGCUGCUGCUGCAGUCGCCGCGACAGACGCCCGCGCUCGACAUGUGGGCCGCGGGCUGCAUCCUCGGAGAACUCCUCGCCAACAAGCCGCUGCUGCCAGGUCGCACGGAGAUAGAGCAGUUGGAGCUUAUUGUAGAUCUUCUGGGUACGCCGUCGGACGCCAUAUGGCCUGAAUUCAGUUCGUUGCCAGCGUUACAGAACUUCACACUGAAACAGCAACCCUACAAUAAUCUAAAGCAACGAUUCCCGUGGCUGUCGGCCGCGGGACUAAGACUCUUAAACUUUUUAUUCAUGUACGACCCGAACAAGCGGGCUACGGCGGAGGAGUGCUUGCAGAGCUCGUACUUUAAGGAGCAACCGUUGCCUUGUGAUCCGAAACUCAUGCCAAGUUUUCCUCAACACCGCAACAUGAAGGGACAACAAAAGAGUUCUUCGAAUCAACUAAACAUUCCCCUCUCAAACUUAAAUACUGGCGCCAAUGACCAAACUAACAACCUGCCAGCCAUUUCAGACCUUCUGGGGUCGCUAGUCAAGAAAAGGAGGUUAGACUAAGAUAAAAUGAUUAAGAUAAUGAGUUAAGAUUACAUUUUGUAGGCGUAAGGUACAGAUUUAAAAUACA